CGUCUUCACACAGCAUCACUCUCUCUGACCUGCAAGGUGGUACUCAGUACUCUGUCACUGUCUGCACUGUGCUGGAAAAUGGAAAGCAAAGUCAACUGGCAUCAACAACCCUCACCACAAGACCUUUUCUCAGGGAGCUGUUGUCAAAGACUGGACUAGAAGAUCAUUAUGAAAACAAGCUGACGUUAAGUUCUGUCCUUGAGAUAAAUGCUGAUACUACAUCAGAUGAACCUCUUACCACUAUGCAGUCACUUCCAGGGGCCUUCCUUAAGAAAUUAAUAAUGGCAAAUGUGAAUGCUAGGAGUGUGAAAUGUCUGACCACUGACCAGGAGGUUUCCUAUUAUGGUGUAGACAACCUGUACACUGACACUGAUACUAGCGAUGUCAUUAAUCCACUGGACCUGGUUACAGCCCUGUUUCUGUGCUCAGACGGUUUCCUACAGCAGGAGAUGGUCCAGAAAAUGUCCAUGUGUCAGUUUGCUGUUCCUCUCCUGCUGCCGAACUGUUACACAAAACAAAUCACUUUGAUGCUGUGGGCCUUGAGGGACAUAGUGAGGAAGUUUAGACCCUCUUCCCAAAUGGCCACAAAUGCUUUUGUGGAGGAGAGAAUUGUACUCUCUGACAUUCCUAUGGUGUCAUUUGUUAGGUUAGGAGAGAGUAGCUUGUCCAAGUCUCAGAUCUUGAACAAGUUGCUUAGUAACCCUCAACAGUACCAUGAUACAUUUGUUCAUCAUGAUAUGGAAUGUGGAGAUGUCCCUCGUCAAAUCUCAGAUGGUCUGGUUGAAAUCAGCUGGUACCUUCCAUGUGGGAACAGAAACAUAGACAUGUUCACUAAGCCUAUGGUGGUGGCCAAUCUCAGAGGAGAUGUCAGGUCCUUUGAAACACAGUUCUCCUUUCUGUGUCAYACAUCAGCUGCAGUUUACAUUUUCAUUGAUGAUUUGGAGUCAGAUCUCAAGGUUUUGGAAGUAAAAAUCACAAAAGCAGAGUUAUUUCUGGUUGUUAACUCUCAGAAAAAAACCUUCAGGGUGGAAACAUUGAAGAAAAUGAUCACAAACUACAGUAUCAACCCAACAAAUGUGAUUGUGAAGAAAAAGCAGAAUGAUGCAGAAUUUGUCAAAACUCUGCAGUCAUCUGUGGGUGACAUCAUUGAAAAAAGUAAAAACAGAUUGACAAUUGAGAACAUGGCUGACAUGGCUCAUCAGAUGGGGGUUUGGGUUGAUGAAGACUGUGAUGAGUGUCAGAGUGCCAGGAAAAUGGCAGAUGAAAUCACUAGGAGCAUUAAAGACGCAAUUCAAUUCAAAGACAAACAGCUACCCUUACAAGGAACAAUCUGGAAAGAGCCUUCCCAGUUGGAGAAAGAGAGAUGUAGACUGAGAAAACAAGGGGAUGAAGACAUUGAACACUACAAGAGCUCUCUGAAUAUAAAGGAGAAAGAGCUGAGAAGGAAACAAUAUACWUUUGACAUAUCAGAUGCAAUGGCAAGCUUCAUUUCAGGAUUGUCUAGUUCAGGAGCGGAGCGUUCCUAUUUCCUCAAAUGGAUGCGGAUAAAUCUGGACAAUCUGUCACGUCAGAACAUGUCUGCUUUGCGGGACCGGUACAAAAAUCUUUGCCAACAUUAUCCAGAGAAAAAAGAUGACAUUAAACAUUUGGAUAAGCAAUUAUCUGAUUGUUCCUUGGGUCUUGAACACUUCCUGCGUGAGUUGGGCCAGUUAUAUGAAGCUUCCUGCUCCCUCCCUGAAAGUAGCCUACAAUGGCAACAGAUGGAGCAUCUCCCUGGAUUGUGUGCUCAGAUGCUGUUGGAUGGCUUCCCCAUUGAGCUUGUGGAUGGAGAUGCAUCAAAUAUCCCUCUGAAAUGGAUAUCAGCUGUACUGACUCAGCUUCAUACUCUUGUCCAAUCCAAUAGCAAGAUCCGGGUUGUGACAGUUUUAGGGGUCCAAAGCACUGGGAAGUCCACUCUCCUCAACACCAUGUUUGGGGUCCAGUUUGCUGUCAGCAGUGGAAGAUGCACCAGAGGGGCCUUCAUGCUACUGAUUAAAGUCAACAAAGACCUCAAGGAGGAGCUGAAAUGUGACUUCAUCAUGGUCAUUGACACAGAGGGGUUGAAAUCACCAGAGUUGGCUCAACUAGAUGACAGUCAUGAACAUGACAAUGAAUUGGCCACACUGGUGAUUGGACUSAGUGAUGUCACUAUCAUCAACAUGUCCAUGGAGAACUCCACAGAGAUGAAAGACAUUCUACAGAUUGUUGUUCAUGCUUUUAUCAGGAUGAAGGAAGUGGGGAAGAAGCCAGUGUGUCAUUUUGUGCACCAGAAUGUGUCAGACAUGUCUGCUCAUGACAACAACAUGAGGGACAGAAAUAAGUUGUUGGAACAGUUGAAUGAAAUGACCCAGGCAGCAGCCAGAAUGGAGAAGAAGGAGAAUAUCACCAAGUUCACUGAUGUGAUGGAGUAUGAUCCAGACACAAGCAGCUGCUACAUCCCAGGACUCUGGCAUGGGACUCGCCCUAUGGCUCCAGUCAAUGCUGGCUACAGUGAGGCUGUGUAUGAUUUAAAAAAGACCUUGAUGCAAGACUUAAUAAAAUGCCAGAGUAAUGAUGACAUGACACAUUUCCUGAUGUGGACACAAAGUUUGUGGGAGGKAGUGAAAUUUGAGAAAUUCAUCUUCAGUUUCAGAAACAGCUUGGUUGCAGAUGCGUACUCCAGAUUAUGUUCUGAGUACAAUGGUUGGGAAUGGYCCWUCCAGAAGGAGAUGUAUACAUGGAUGGUGAGUGCUGAAACUYAAAUAUCCAAUAUUGMCAUGACAGAUCAACAUCCCCAGAGGUCCAUAAGAGAUGUGCUACAAGACUUGAUGAUAGAAGCAUCAGGGAAACUGUCAUUGGGAGAAAAGGAAAUCCAAGACAAUCUAGUAAAAUACUUUGAAAAACAAGAUGGCCAUGUCAAUCUGGUGGAAAAAUACAGGGAGGAUUUUGUGUCCAGUGCCAAAACACUGAGACGAGAGACAGAAAACACUGUGAAGAACAAACUGCAAGGAGCUGUUGAGAUCAAAGAGGGAAUGACAGAACUGGACAACAUCAAGAGUUCUCAGACAAGUACAAUGGAAAAGKAGGUUCUGACUCUGCUGCAGAACUGUAGAAAGAAAGAAUCUGUUCUAUCAGAUGAGGCCCUCAGUGAAGAGUUUGAAAUCAUGUGGAGGAAAACUCUGUCUGACAUACACUUCAAAGGARUCCCAAGAAGAAAUGUGGCUCAAGAUACCUUCCUCAUGUUACGUGAUAAUCUGGUAAUGAGGGGGAGUUAUGUAAACAAGAUGUUGGUUGGAACCAGACUGGUGGAUUGUGGGAGAAAAGCCUUUGUUGUGGAAUCAGAGAGUUGGUGGCAGCAGGCUAAAAACUUUGCAAAGCACUUGGAUCCCGACCAUCACAGGAAAAAACUACAAGACCUCUGUGAUGACAUCAUAAGACAGUGUCAGGAGUUUAUAACCCAGAGGGUGAAAAGCAAAACKGAUUACCAUGACACUCACAUCAAAGAACUGCUUAGAAUAGUUGACAAAACAUUGCAACAACACACACAAGUUAAAGUCAGUGAGGAAUGUGAGGUUUCUCUCAAACAACACAUCUGUGGCAGAGCAGCCAGAGAGUUCCAGAAGAUGCAUAAUGAUUUCAUUGAAGUCAAUGACCCAAGGAAGUGUCUGGAACUGUCUAAGAACAAGUACCUUACUGAGUUUAUAGACUUAUUUCAUAACCGAGAUCAGUGCCUAAAGAAAGCCAAGGACUUCACAAAGCUCUGUCUAGAGCCAGCUGUACAGGACUAUGUGUCCAAAAUGAUUGGUCCUGAUGUGAUUGAUGAAGUGAAGAKAGGUYAAGGGUCAGAGGUUUACAGCACCCGAGGGGCUUUCCAGUUCUCCAUUUUGAAACAACUCUUGACUGAUGGAAAAUAUGAGAAAUAUAGAGAGUACAUUAACCAUUAUGAAAGGUUUGUGAAGGACUGGCUGUUUGACCAGAUUGUCCAACGACUCUCAGAGGAGAACAGUCUUAAGAAACUAGAGAUAAAACAUCUGUCAGAGAUCAUCACAAUCAUAAUCGCUGCCAUUUCAAAUGUCAGCAGUAAAGCUACUGUAAAUGAUAUCAAGACGUUCAUUGGCAUUAUUUGCGAGGCUCUUAGAGAGAAGCUUGUCUUUCCCAAAGAUGCUCUGGAUUCCAUUCGUAGGCUUAUUCCUGAAGAAGCAAACAGAGAACAGUUUGUUGUCAUCCUCACAGAGUUAGUGGGAGAAAUGGAGCGGUCACUGGCAGCUGAGUACAACAAGGGAGGAGACAUCAAAGAGAGACUCAGAUCUCUUCCAUUCAAGCCUCAGGAGGAGUUGUUCACCAGUCUGUUUGGCUGUGGGAAGKAAUGUCCCUUCUGUGGUGUACCUUGUGAAGCAGGGGGGAAAGAGCACUCCGAACACCAUGCCUCCAUUCACCGUUCACUAGGUAUCAGUGGUGAUAGGGAGAGUUAUUCACAGAAAUUAGUAUUUGAGAUAUGUUCAUCUCUUGUGAUUAGUAACGAGGUGUUCUCCAAUGCCGAGACUGGAGGAAAAUAUCACCCCUACAAGGACUACCAGACAUAUUACCCUGACUGGAUCAUAACUGGAGAUUCCAGUAUGGAGGCUUCAGACUACUGGAAGUACGUGAUGGCCACAUUCAAUGAGACAAUCGCUGAUGAAGUAAAUGCACGUCCUGCUGAUAUCCCAGAGGACUGGAAGGUGUUAACAAGUGAUGACGCAUUGAAGAGCUUGAAAAGGUCAUUCAACAUGAAAUAAAGUGGAGUACUAUAUCAUGACUUGUUGACCAGAAACAUGAUUGACUUUUCAUAGACUUCACAACCAGAAAUGACAUCACAGAAUCAACAUAUGUAGAGCCAGUCGUCUCAAUACAGUUUUUGAAAUGUGCAGAUCUGUCAAAACCCAAUGCAAUUUAGAAAAGAACAAAUGCAGCAGGAAAACAUAUUUUAUUCUAUAUAACAUACUGUAUUCUAUAUAACAUUUUAUUCUAUAUAACAUAUUUACAGAUGCAUUCAUAAACUAUAUGACGUCUUAGCAAUUCACAGAUCUGAUGUUCCAAAAUGAAAUAUGUAGCUAACACUUUGAAUUUGAAGUGAAAGGAAUACCAUUUUCUAAUCAGAUGUAGAUGUAAGCCAAGCGCUUUAAGCAAAUUCAGAAAUCCUACAAAUAAGAAAAGUAAAUGUGAACACCAACAGGUUAACCAASAGAUUCACAGUGUUAUGAUAAUGAUUUUAUUUUUUAUUGAUGAUGAUUAUCUUGUUGUUGAUUAGGAUAAUUGCAUUUUUGUUGUUGAUGAUGAUUUUAUUUUUGCUGUUAAUGACAACAAGUAUGGUGAUUAUGUUAAUAAUGUGAGAUUGAACUCUGUAGAGAUGGAGGGAAUAACUUUCAGUUGGCCAAACUGAUGAAGACAAAAAAAGUUGAUAUUGUUUAUGAUGUCAAAUGUUGUUUUUCUGCAGUGAACACAUAUUUUACAGACAUAAUGUAAAAUAAUGCAAAUGAUGAAUAUAAAUCAAUGUAACAAAACAUUA